ACAGGCGGAGUGGGCUGGCUGGCCAGAGAGCAGCAGCUUUGUUUCUGCAGCCCGGGCACCUUCGGGUGACAGAGGCUUUAGUUCAAAAACAAUAACAAGGCUAGUUAUUGGAGAAAAGGUUGUUGAUUUUUGCCUAAAGUUAUGUUGGCGCCAACAGCCUGCUCUCUCUCUCUCUCUCUCAGCCUCAGCAGUAGAAAUCUACUUGUUUUUUUCCAGACAGUCACGGGGCAGCCAAUCGAAUCCUCGUGCUCUAGCGUAAAGUUUUGGGGCAAUCUGUAGGAAGACUGGAGUCUCUUUGGAUUUCAAUGAUACUGUCGUGUCCCUGCCGAAUGAUCCAAACAACUGAUCAAUAAUUCAUCUUCAUUCGCGCGAGUUUGAUUUCAAUGGGUGAUAUAAAGCAUGAAAUUGCUGUGGUGCACCGCAUGUUUAACACGAAAAUGGAAGCAUUCUAGUGUAUUUAAGAUGGACUAUCCUUGCUGUAUUGAAAUUCAGGACUUGGUGUAAAGAAGUUGUUCAAAUAGCAUUUGCAGAAAGGAAGCCCUUUUCAUUUCCGGAGGUGAUUCUUCAUUUAAAUUGCAGUAGGUGACCUGGAUUUUUAUUGGAGAUGAUGAAAUGUAUAUAGAAGAGCAUUGCAGGUGAUUACUGUAGAUCAAUUUUCUAAUUGCCUUGAGCAAUGUAAAAGAAUAAGAAACAAUGAAGAACUAAUGUGGCACAACUUUCAGAAUUUCAAAAAUCUGCUGAAGCUUAAGAACACUUAACGGAAAAAUGCAGCUUAAAUGGUUAAAAGUGCUGUUGCCAAAAAUAGAUGAUCUUACAGGGAAGAAGAAUUUUGCUUAUAAUGCUUCAGAAGUUUCAAUAAAAUGUGGUAGUGGAAGAAAGCAGACUGCAAGGAAGACCGUAGCAAUCAAGAGUUAUUUGAGUGCUAAAAAGCAGCAGACAAAGGAAAAUUUGAGAUUAAGUAAAGAGAGAAUAGAAAUCUAUGAUCAUGUAGCAGGAUGUGGACAAGAAAUAAAUGAAAUGUUAAUGUUUUGUGUUAAGUGCAAAGAUAUCAAACAGUUCAGCUUUACAGAACUUCUGGAACACUGCCAGCAAAAACAUCCAGAAGACAAACCUGUGUUUGUCUGUAGCAGAUGUGGUUUCACUGUUGAUGAUGUGGAACAAAUGAAUGUACAUGCACUUUCUCACAAAAUGGACAGAACGUUAAUCACAGAACUCAGUGACAGCAAGGAAGAUCUCUCCUUGCCGAGAGAAGCGAAACUACAUAAAAGUAGGCAUUUGAAGCCUGAUACCUCGUAUUGUAAUAAAUGCAGGUUUUCAACAAGAGAUCCACUUCUUUUUCAAAAACACAUUCUGAGACAUGAAGAAAUUCAGUACAAAUGUGGACGGUGUGAUCAUGUUUGUUACACUAGGGGAGAAUUCCAGCGUCACUCAGUACAGCAUACUGGAACAUUUCCUUUUAAAUGUAGGUAUUGUGAUUAUGGCGCAGUCCGAAAGGAUUAUGUUGUGAAACAUACCAAGGGAGUACACAGAGACAUCAUAAAAAAUGGUGGAUCUGCGCUUGUUCUACCAAUGAGGAAAGGCCAUAAGAGGAAGGCUUUCUCCAGACCCAAGAAUAUCAUCAAAGUUACACAAAAUGAGAAUUCUGCUAACAUUAAUCUACAUGAUCAUAUGGAAAAUUCAGCAGCUUUGACUUCUAAUCUCAAUAGCACUUCUGUGCAAGUGCAAGACUUGGAUAUUGCUAUUCUUCCAGAGACAGGUAUAAACAGUGCCAAUGAAAAUAAAGGUGUGGAUAAAUCAAUUAUAGAACAUAUUAAACAUCUGAAUUGCUCUCCCACUGAUGCGAGAAAGACUCAGCUACAAGUACUUGCAUCUUCUAAACACACUGUUCAGCCUGGUACACCAUUAACACUGGUUGCUCCAGCACAGAUGGUUAUUCCUUCUAACUGCUUGGCUCAGCUGAUCGAAAUAAAAACUGUUAACGGGAAACAACAGUUGGUGUUCAAACUAAUACCACAAGUUUCUGCAACUGGUGCAUCAGGAAUGAUUACACUUCCAAUGCAAGAAAUGCAACAUGUGGACACAGAGAUGGCUCAGCCACAAAAGAACAGUGUGUCAAAUCAUUCAUCUAAAUUAAUGACAAAAAUUGUAGAUCACAAUGAAUUACCCUGUGUAGGUCCUUUGAAUGAAGUUGUUGAUGCUGAUCAGAAGAAUAUAGGAAUAAACACUAAAAUGGUCUUUUCAAAUCCUCAGUCUUCAGUUGAUGUAGAAUCUAUGGUUAGCAAUUCGUCCAUAUUGGAAAGUAGAAAUGAAAGUAGCCCAAAACAAAACCAGAGUGUAGUUGUAGAACAGCCACAAGGUAGUGAACCAACAGAAACCGACCUGACCUGCUGUUCACAAAAGGAUGCCCUUGCAUCCCCAGAUGUUUUGGAUGAAAUGAUGCAUUAUCUUCAGCAAGGGGCUUUAGGCAACCAAACCACUGUGAAGGUUUUGAAUGCAGAUACCCAAGAGAUCCUGAAUCAAACUAAUAAGGAGUCAUUAACUUUUUCUGAUUCUAAAGUAACGCAAAAAAGUGUAAACUCUUAUUUAGCUUGUGAAGUUGCUGCCAGUAAAGGACAGGAAUCUAUUUCAAAAGGACACCAGUUUUAUGUAUCAAGAUUCAAUAAUAAAAGUACAGAUUAUAUUGAAGAUGUUAUGUCUGUUGAAACAACUUUUGAGAAAUCUUUUGUACAGUUGCCCAAUAAAAGUUUACAUGUGUGUGAUCCUCAAGUAUUGAUAGACUCCAGUUGCAAAACUACUAGCAAAUCGAUUGAAUCUUUGCCAAAUGAUGGAACUAAAGCCAGUACGCAGCUUUGUAUCACAUCUCGCUGUAAACCACUUGAUAUUAGUAAGGCUUCACCAUGUCAGCUAUCCCCCACCUCAUCCAACGAUGACACAACAGUAGCUUCUAAACCCAGUGGUCAUCAAAUUACACCUAACUGUUCAUCUGUAAAACAAACCAUAAUUAUACCCAAAAGUAUGUUUCAUGCAGAAUAUUUGAAAUCUCAGUGUACUGGUAUUGUUGAUAAGGAACCCAGUCAUCCUGAAGCUUGUAACAGUACAUUUGAAAGUCAUAGUAUGUGCUCUGUUGUGGUAGAGAAUCAUAGUAUCGUAUCUGCAUCUACUCAAGAUCAAGAUGAAGCACAUUGUGUUAGCAAUUCAUAUCGUACAUUGGGAAAGUGUGAAAACAGCAGAACGAAACCAGAUUUGCCUCAUCAACAGUCAAACACAUGGAAGCAUAGAAAAAUUAAUGCAAACGAUAAUGAAAUUAAUUUUGUAGACUGCAGUCAGAUUUGGGGUACGAAGAUACAUGAUCAGUCUUUGCAAAAUAAAGCAAUUGGUCUAAGUGCAACAGGAGCUGCUCCUAAUUCGUUUACCGAUGUGUCUUCAAAUAUUGCGGCAUUCAUGAAUGAAAUAUUGUCACCAUUGCAUAAUAAAAGUGAAUUAACUAGGGAGGACAUAUCACAAGACAUUGCAAUUAAUACAGACUUCGGUGAUUUCUGUAACCAGAGUGAUUUGGAUACUGACAAGUCCACUGAGGAUCCUUUGGUUGAUAGACAAUGGCCUAUAAUUUCUUCAGUGUUUUCUCUUAGUUGCGGUACUAAUAAUGUUCCAGACAGUAUUCGGUGGGAUAAUGACCAAGACAACAAUUGUACUUCAUUCACCUCUGCUCUAAACCCCUCUCAGAGUAACCUAUGUUCUCAGAUUCAGGCAAAUAGUAAAAGUCUCACAAUCCAGCUUGAGGGAAAAGAACAUACAAGUGAAUCAUCAAGUCACAAGAAUCCAGUGAGUGUGCAAACAUCUAAAAAUAGAAACCUCAGUACAACAUCAGGUCCAUCAGUGGUGGAUGGAAACCCAUUUCAAUUAUCCAGUGGUGUUAACUUGACUGAGUAUCUUUCGUUAUUGCCACCAUUGGCUCCUUCUAUGCCUCCAAUGUCACUUAUUGAGAUUCAAGGUAGCUCUGCAAAUCUGUUCCAACAGUUUGUGGACAAUGUGCAUGUUAUCCAGGGUGCACAUAAUCUAUAUUCUAGUGAGUUUUCUUUAAAUCAAAGCAGUGCCAAUGUAUCUUCGGGACUGUCUUCCACAAGCAAUAAUAUUGCAGCAGUGCAAUGUUGCGCACAGAUGGAUAGCUUUGUACAGAAAAAUUCAAGUAAUGUGCCCAGUACCACUGGGAACCCAUUGACUGGUAUGACACAAAACUACCAAACUAAACCCUUCUCGUUCCCCAAACACACUGUUUUUCCAAAUCUAUCCUCAGUAAGUGUAUCCUUUCAAAAUAAAUCACUUGAAAAUGCUUUAUCUUCAGCUAUAGGUGGAGUUGAUGAGCCUUCAGUUUUUCACAACUUCAGCGAUGCCUUUUUAGUUACAUCUGCUCCCUCUGGAAUAGUGUCAAAUGCUUUUAAACAGCAAGUUUCAACUUUUAAUCACUUGCCAGUUGCAUUGGCAAAAACUUGUGAACCAAACACUAGCAGUUCAGGAGGAUGUUUCUUUCACCAGAAUGUUUCUCAUUCCUCAGAAAAACUACAAGAUGACACACCUACAACUAGUGCAUCCUCUUUGAAAGUCUGCCAACAGAUUAGUUUGCAAAGCAAAGUCCCUUUGUUUCCUUCAAGCUGUAAUUCAAGUGCAGAACCUAAAUAUGUUAACUGCACUGAUGCCAUUGAGAAACUUAAACAUACACCUUCUAGCCUUGGCAAAACUGUGCAGCUCCCAGAGCAGAUAACACUUCCAUCCACAGCAAAACUACAGAGUAUUUCAUUGUUAACGUCAUCUGUGGUAGACAACAAAAGCAAUCAUACCAAAGUUCAAUUAAAACCUCCUAGUAAAAUCAGCAAAAUUCAUUCUGUUUUACCUCCUUGUAUCCAUCAAAGCAGAUGCUUUCAUAAAGCAGUAGAAGAUGCAUCUAGCCAGACUGAAGAGGCUGUAGAUUUUGUUAACCUUCAAAAUGCUGCUGUAAUUGAGAACAUUGUACCAAACUCUCCUUGUGAAAAUGGUUCUGGAAAUAACAGUGUGGGACAAGAUAUGCCAAAUCUCCUUUUUCCACAACCACAGUCCAAAUCAGAUAUUACUUCAUCCUGUAUUUCUGCAUUUCCUCUCUGUUCCACAAAAAGCCAAGUUAAUCUUGAAAAUACACCACCUCUUCAUUACCUAGUAAAAGACACUGACUGUUCUAAACAUGAAACAACUUACAAGGUUGUUCCAAGUGGUAUUGUGCUUAGAGUGUUGAAUGCUGCUGGUGAUUCCAAACAGAAAGCUUCUACUGUAAAUUAUCAAUCUGUCAACCAGUCACAAAAUCUUCAAGUAUUGUGUUCAGCACCAGUUUCAUGUAGCACGGCAGGAAAUUCAGAACUGCAAGCACCAGCUGUGACAAAGAAGCGCAAAGUUUGUGCCAAAGUCGAUUCAAUAAAUUGCUCUUCUAAGGUGAAAUGCCAGGAGAAAAGUAACCAAGAUCAAUCUUCUGUUUCAGUUGACAGACCAAACACAUGUAACACUAUUUCAGUUAAGACAGCUGCUCGUCAGAAAUCGCGACCCUUAAAGUCCAGCAUAGGUGAACCUUUGAAACGCCGAAAUACCAGAAAAAAAAAACCUGAUCACACACAGAAUAAUAUCUUAUUAAAAAAGGUAAAAAGGCAAGACGGUCUUUUUCCUAUUGUUACCAAUGACGGUGAGAUAUUAAAGACUGCCCGCAAACUGAGGCUCAAACCAUUCAGUGAAAGUCAGUUGGUAAAAUGCCCUCGCCGCAAUCAGCCUGUAGUUGUGUUAAACCAUCCAGAUGUAGAUGUUCAAGAGGUAGCUAAUGUAAUGCAAACAAUAGGGAAGUACAGAGGUCAUGUACUCAAGGUGGUUUUAUCUGAGAGAACUGUUAUUUCUCUUAAUUUAAAGGAAAAGCAUCAAAGACAGGAAUUUGAAAACAGAGGUAUUUUAUUUGACAAAUGGCAUAACUGCAAGGUAGUUAGUCCAGUGAAGGAAAGACAUAUGUUGAAAAUGAAACUAAAGAAGAUUCAUAAAAAUAAUUAUCAGAUAGUAAAAAAUGUUCAUGAUGAGCAUUUGCAGUUUAAAUUUCACUGUUGGUUUUGUGGGCGGAUGUUUUGUGAUCAAGAAGAAUGGAUUGCUCAUGGACAACGCCACUUAAUGGAAGCCACCCGGGACUGGAAUGAUGUUGCCACUGUUCAUGAAGUUACGGAAAGUGAAGCUGAAGUAUUGAAUGUGCAAAGGAAAUCAGAUAUAUAAUGACAGAUCAGAGGGACUUUGGACCUUGAAGCUGAAGUUUCAGAGGUGGUUUUGGCCCAGAAUGUACGAGUACACAGAAGUUCAGAAUGACAAGGACUCAUUCAUUUUGAUUCAUCUUUUGGUUUGAAGUCUAUGUCCUUUUUUGACUUGUUGCUAUAAAAUAAAAUUGAUCUUUUGCAGUGAAAGAUAAGCUGACUACAAACUGCUGUUCUUUGGGUAAAGUAUGGGGUAAAGUUAUAUCAAAAAAGAAACAAUAUUGUUUGUCACUUAAGAUGUACAAUUGUAAGGAAAAUUGGAAUGUUCUAGUGUGAUUGUACCAAUUGCAAAGAUAUAUUGGGGGAAAUGAAGUAUUAGAAUUUGCAGAUUUAUUUAAUUUUCACACUGCUAACUUCAACUCAGUUUUAAUAUUUCAUAUUUUGUAGAUAUGAAUGAAACACUAUUGAGAAACAAGUGCUAUUGUAUUUUAUUAAAACAGCAGUGUAAUUUUAUUAACCCAUUUAAGUAUUCUUGUCAAAUUACAGUGCAUAGGAAUAGAUGUGUACAUUACUUGUGUACCAGUAGAUUAAAUACUACAGUAAAUUGUGCUCAGAAAAUUGAUACUUUUUGCAUAUUGCUUGUUUGAUAUUUGUCUUAAUAAAAAAAGAGAUGAAAUUUUCA